CGAAUUUCGUAGGAGUCGCUGUUCCGCGGGUAACCGCCGAGCCCGAAACUAAACGUUCAGUGCGUUAGGCAGCCGGAAUUGUACACAUUAUUGCUAAUAUGUGUGCACGAAAAGAUAACUUAAUAUUAUUUUAAUUCAAUUAAUCUUAAAUAUUUUGUAAACUAUCUAGUCAGUUGUUUUUAACUUUUAUUGUUGAUGUUUAAUAAUUAUUAAUAUUAUUUUUAUUUUUAUUUAUACAUAUAUUUUUAAGUGUUAAUUUUACAAUUUUUUUGGAUUUAAGUACACUAUUUUAAGAUGCAGGGUAUUGGUAUUAAGACACAAGACAAUGGAAUUUUACCAGCAAGCAAAGAUAUUGGAAAAAAUCGCAGAAAAUCUCGAUGGAAGCUUAAAUUUCAUCAUCAAGCAUUACCUCCAGAGUAUUUGAACCAUUAUGAAGCAUCCAUGAUGUCUCCUCAACCAUCUUCGGGAAUUUCAUCAUCUCCUACACCUAUCCUUUUCACAGGAAAUGUCAAAUCAAAACUACCACCAGAAGCUCAAACUAGUGUUCGUUUUGAUGAUCUACCAUACAUGGGAGAGAUGACAUUAGAUAAUGCAAAACCACGGAGAGGACGCAAACCAAAAAAGGCUGAUAUAUGUCACUUGAUAUAUAAAAACUACGGUACAACCGUUGUAGAAGAACCGUUGAACCUUUGCGUCAGAGACCAGAUAUCAUCAAUAAAUGAUUUUCAACUACCUGGUUCUGCCAGUCUCCAGGAAACGCUGAAUAUUCAAUCAAAAGACUCUAAACGUAAGAGCAAAAAGUCACUGGCUCGAGAGCGUUUGGAAAAAACAUUUAAAGAAAAAGGUUUCUUAAUACAAACGCAACAACUGGAAUCCGCCCAAGGUGCCACAUACUGUAAAUUUAGACAGUUAAGGAAGUUUACACGGUAUCUGUUUAGAAGUUGGAAACAUCAUUUACCUGGUGAUGUCGUAGACAACGGUGUCAAUAGUCAGAUUACUUGAAUUGUCAACUAAUUAAAUAAUAUGAUUUAUAAGUGUUCUUUCUAUGAGUGAAUUAUAUCUAUAAUAAUUCUUAGAACUCAAUACACAGACGAGUGUAAAUUACGAAUAUCUAAGUAUUUAGAAACGAAAUUAAAAUCAAUGUGUUAAAAACAUAAUUUAAUAAUUUAUUGGAGACAAAGAAGUUUUGUUGGUGAGUGUUAUUAUACAAUUUUGAAAAAGAAAAACGUAUUUGCUGAAGGAAAACAUCGAAUUUAAAUGUCUAAAUGACGUAAAAUUAUAAACAACACAUGAGCUUAAUGCAAAGUGAACUUUGACGUUUGUCUUAUGCAAUCUUUCAUUUGUACAAUUGGUAAUACAAUUAAUACUUAAUUGGAAUUAUUAAACUCGUUUACUUGAAUUUACACCAAUACCAUCGUUAUUCAAAAAAAAAGUAAAUAUUUAAUCAUUUGGUAACAAUAAAAUAAUUUUAAUGAAAAAGAUACUAUUCAUUAUUAAAUUAGAUUUUACUUUUUUUUAAUUCUUUUAUGAUUUCCAAAACAUGGGAUCGAUUAAAAUGAAGAUUUUCAAUGAAUUCGUUUACUUCCUUAAACACAUUUAUGUAUGGGGAAUGAGUCGAUUGGAGACCUUGACAUAUGUAAUAAGUUAUAACGUUUCACAAUAUAAUUUUAAAAACUAUUUUUAGUAUAAACGUGAACUUUAAAAUAUAUUGUAAGGAAUGACGAAAUACGAAUAAUAUAAUUAUAUUUGGUCUACAUAUUUAUAAAUUAUAUUAUUAUAAUUGUAUUUCUCUUUUUGAUAUGACUUUGUGAGAUUCAAUUUUCAUAAUUAUUUAUAUUAACACUGUUUCCAAAAUUAUUGGUCACGUCCAUAAUAUUCUGUUGUCUUGUGUCAUAUUAUACAAUAAUAUGUAAUAAUAUUAUACGUACUUAUUAUGUUUGUAUCAUAUUUCUUAAAUAAAACGUGCGAAAAAUAUAAACCAACCGUCAAUCGUCAUAACACAUAACAGAAAAAUAUAUAUAUAUUGAACAUAGAUAAGAUAAAUGCAUAAAAACACACAUUUAUAUAUUAUAUGGUAGGAUAUAAGUUUUCAAAAUUGUGACUGAGAUACCUUUGUUAUUUAUUAUAUUUCAAUUAAUUUUGUUUUUAAUGUAUUCAUUUUUAAAAUAAUUUAUGAACAUUUUAAAAAAAAACGCUCAUAGGUAUAUAUUAUAUAAUCUAAUAAUAUUUUAUAAAUAUUUUUAACAUCUCUUUUUUUCAAUAUUUAAAAAUCAUACACACAAAUACAUCAUAUUUAUCUAUGUAUAAAUCAUUUUUUAGUUUUUACUUUCAAAAUUGAGAAUUUGAAUAUCAAACUAUUUGUAUACAAUACAUUUUUCAGCAUUAUAAAAAUUUUUACGCACAAAUAUUUAAAUAGAUUCUUGAAAAAGAAUACUCGGUUUAUUUAUGAAUUAUAUUAAAUUAUAUGAUCAUAGAUGGUUAACUAUCAAUGAAUGAUAAAUAAUUAUCAAUGAUAGUAAUAAUAUGAAGGCAACAUCCAGAAAGGAAUAAACUUUCUCGUUAUAUAUAAUAAUGAUAUAAAGAAAAAAUGAAGAAAAAAAUACAAUUUAAAAUCAAUAUAAAAAUUACUUUAUUCUGUAUUUACUAGGUUCGAAAAUGUAUCAAUAAAUCAAAUAAAUUAAGUAUUUAAAUAUAUUUUAAUAGUUUUAAUGUAUUUUACAAAUAUAAAAUAUUAUAUAUUGAUGAACUAACAAAUUAUUUAUUUAUCUGUAGACUGUGAUAAAUAAGGUGCUAUUGGUGCUAAACCACCUAUAAAAAUGUUAUAUAAUAUGUUGACAAGUAUUUUAGUACCUAGUACCUAUUAUACCUAGUGUAUAUGAACACUGAUCUUUUUUGUUUUUUACUUGUUUUUACUUUGUUUAGUAAUAAUAUUUAUUUGUGGUUAAAAUAUUGUUACCAACACCAUAAGCCAAGCUAAUUUGUUGAAUUAUUUUUAAUUUUGAAGAAUAACAACAAAUGUAUUAUUAUAAUAAUUAUAUGUUUUUAUUAAAAGAAAUUUGUGUCAA